UAUGACGGAUUGAGAGGCUAAGAGAAUACGGCCAGUCUUAUAUAAACGGGGCCGUUCUCCGCAUGUAGGAGACACUAGGGGACACGCACUGCGGGGAUAUUGGACUCGCUCACAGGUAUCCGGGGAAGAAUGAAAGAAAGGCCGGCCCAGGUGCCCGGCUUGAGAUUUGAACUUAACGCCACCAACCUGAGUACCCGCACCAGCCACCCCACCACCCCUCACCACCACGACUUCUAAGCACCCGGUGCUACCAUGGUUUAUUUCUGGAAAAAAAGUCCUAGGUCAACAGUGACAACAAUAGCGAUGACGUCAUUGCCUCCACCCAUCUCAACCAGCGCGGGGUCAAGGUUGUCCAGCCACGGCCCUUCGGCCCUGUUCCACAAGAACCGGUCACGGAACAGUGUCACUGCCGGUCAAGGAACCGGCAAUCCGGCUGUAGGGAAGAACCAGCCGGGAUUUUCGUUCGACAAGCUGAGCGAGUACUCGAGGAGGAAGCAGGAGACGGACAGGAGGAAGGUCGCCGAGAGGGAGCUGGACAGUCUGAACCUCAAGAUUGACAAGCUUCUUUCCAAGAUGGGGGAGACAGAAGCAGACAAUCAAAGCAGACUUCAGCUAGAGGAAGAGUGUGUCGUCUGUCUAGCGGCACCUGCCACCAUGCAGACGUUCCCCUGUGGCCACAAAGUCGUCUGCCGGAAGUGCUUGAUCAAAACCAUCCAGGUGGCCGUGUCGCAGAGGUGCCUGCCGCUCCGCUGCGUCAUCUGCCGGGACCGGAUCCUGCGUCUCCACCACACUAUGCAUUCUUCAGGCAGUUCCACCCCGCUGCCGCCCCCCACCUACCCGACCUUCCUGACCCCACCUCUCUCACAGACCAGUCGUCUGGCACUCACUUCCCACUCUCCAGCCUGCCCCGGUAGUUUAUACGGACUUCACGCGAGAUCCCCACGAGUAGCGUCCCUCCCCGGGACUACCAUUCCAUCUCCGACUAGCCCGGAUUCGAUCCCGAAGUUUUCUCAUGUGAACCAUGGCGUGUUUGAUGACGAUCUGCUCCGCUCAAGUCCCACGGAUCUAGAAGCGUUUGUGUUUUCUCACAACGAUGCUUUGAACUUGUAUUCGUCUGAACCGGUUAAAGUUCAACAAGACCAGAAAUCCCGUGCGCGAGACCAUCCUCACACUAGCUCUGGCCAUCCCCAUGGCCAACAUGCUACUGGCCAUUCUCAUGGCCACCAUCAGUCUACUACUGGCCACUCUCAAUCCACUACCGGCCAUCCUGCUGCUCCCAGCAGAAGAUCUGAUGCCACGCACGGAUUUAUGCAUUCACAGUCCGCCAAGAUCCACCCUGAGGCGACCAACCAAAUUUGUUCUUUUAUGGAUUCGUCCCCCCACGCCCCGACAUCAGCCUCGCCCCCCGCAGCGACGCCAAACCUGGCCACAAAAUCAAUGUGCGCCAGCAAGUUUAUCUCCAGAUUUUUACCGAAGACAAGCAGACGCAAGUACAACUGGUUUAGGCAUGAGUAGAAAUGUCAACAGGCUAGGCAAACACGCCAGGUAAACAUCCAAUCAAGCCGAGGCUCUGAUUUAACGAUUGAUAAACUCACCAGUUACGAUUUGUAUCAAACUUUGUGAAACAGUCGCCAUUUUAUUUCAUUCAGAAACAAACAACAAGUAAAAAACAGUGCUUAUUUUUUUAUGUUAGGUAUUGUUUUAUUAAAUGUAAUAAUCAUCAAACAUUGAUUUAAUAUUUUUUAAAAUUGUUUUAAGCUUUCUAGAACAUUGUGUAAGUGUCUGCCAAUUAAAUCGUUUGAAGAUUUAUUAGUUCACUACAACUUGCGCUGAGUACCAAAGAACGCCAUCACCACACUUCUUGUUGCGCCUUUACAACCAGAUCACAUGGCAUCAAAUCACAUGAUAAAACAUGAUCAUAUGACGUCAUCAGAUCACGUGGCAACAGAUCAUCUGACGUCAUCAGAUCCCAGAUAACCAGAUCACUAUACAUGACCA